AUGUGGGCAGUCAAGAUGAAAGCAUUCCUUCGUGGACAGGGUUUGUGGCAGUACGUGGAAGAGAAUCGUCAACUGCCUCACUUGGGACCAAAUCCCACCCUGAAUCAAAUCAGGAUGCAUGAAGAAGAGGUUGCUAAGGCAUCGAGAACUCUCUCUCACAUUCAUGCAGUAGUGACUGACCUUGUAUUCACAAGGAUCAUGGCGCAUGAAACACCAAAGGAAGCAUGGGAUAAGUUGAGAGAAGAGUAUACGGGUAGUGAUACAACAAGAGGCAUGCAAGUGUUGAACUUGAGAAGAGAGUUUGAGUUGCUGAGAAUGCAAGAAACUGGGAAGGUGAGGGAGUAUGUUGAUAGAUUAAUGAGUGUGGUUAAUAAAAUUAGAUUGCUUGGGGUGGAGUUGACGGAUAGACGAAUUGUGGAGAAAGUGUUGGUGAGCCUACCUGAAAGGUUUGAGGCUAAAAUCUCCUCUCUUGAGGAUUCUAAAGACCUGACUCAAAUAACACUUACUAAGCUGGUUCAUUCCUUACAAGCUCAAGAGCAAAUGAGGCUUUUGAGGCUGGAAGACACAGGUGAAAGUGCUAUGGUUGCAACACAUAAAGGAAAGUUUGUACAGGGAGGAAAUAAGAGAAAUGCAGGAGACAAGAAAGGAAAAGAGAAGGCCAACGUUCAGUGGAACAAAUCUGGUGGGAUAAAAGAGUAUCCAUCGUGUUCCCACUGUAAGAAAAAGGGACACUCAGAAAAAAGGUGCUGGUUUAGACCAGGAAUUCAGUGUAUAGCCUGCAAACAAUUCGACUAUAUAGAGAGAGUUUGUAAAAAUAAAGGGGAAUCCUCUCAGCAGCAAGCUCAGAUGGUUGAAGAUGUGCAGCAAGGGCAGGAAGCUGAGCAAUUAUUUAUGGCAUCCUACGAGACGCCUCACCAUGCAAUGAAACCUAGUUGA